UACACAACCGGCCCUCUGCAAUCAGAAAACAUACGAAAACAAAUUACAACGUAUUUUCCAUUGUCCGAGGAACCCAUUAAAAUCACAAAAAUGUGCAAGUUCUUCUUAGGCGGUGGCGGAAACCAGGAGAAAACAGAUGAUGUCGGUGGCGGCGGAGGCGACCCCAUGGAUCUGCAGGCCUUGCCGGAGGGAUGCAUAGCCACCGUUGUCUCGCUGACCACGCCUCGGGACGCGGGCACAAUGUCGUCGGUUUCGAGGAGUUUCAGGUCGGCCGCCGAAUCCGACGCCGUUUGGGACAAGUUCCUUCCCCCCGAGAUCCACACUAUCCUGUCCUCCUCGUCGCCCUCACGGCCGCCGCUUGUGUCUCCCUCCUCCACUUCCAAAACCAAGAAGGAGCUUUUCCUCGCUCUGUGCGACAACCCUGUUCUCAUCGAACAGGGCAAGUUGAGCUUUUCGCUGGACAAAUGGAGUGGGAAGAAAUGCUACAUGAUUGCUGCAAGGGCCCUUUCGAUUGUUUGGGCUGACACUCCUCACUACUGGAGAUGGAUUUCUGUCCCCGACUCGAGGUUUGAGGAGGUGGCAGAGCUUAUUAGUGUGUGCUGGCUUGAAAUCCGUGGCAAAAUUGGGACACGGAUGCUGUCCCCAUCCACGUUUUACAAAGCUUUUCUUGUGUUCAAGUCAACCGCAGGGGCUCAUGGAUUUGGGAACCAACCUGUGGAGGUCACAGUGGGUUUAAUUGGGCAGGAGCCCACGAAACAUGUGGUGUUUCUGGACGGGCAGAGAGGUCAAACCCAAGGUCAGGGCUACCACAUUGCCGGGCCUUGGCGUAUUGGCCUGUUCAACCGCAGACACAUUCCCGGCCUCCAGUCGUUCCAGUCGUUCCAGCCAAGGGAGAUCAACGAGGCCCAGUACCCGAAAGAGCGGAACGACGGGUGGCUGGAGAUAGAGCUGGGGGAGUUCUUCUGUGAAGGGGGUGAAGGUGGGGAGUUGGAGAUGACUUGCUUGGAGGUUAGGGGUGGACAGUGGAAGGGUGGCCUCAUUUUUCAAGGGAUUGAGGUCAGGCCUAAAAGGAUGUAGAAAUCAAGUGGCAGUAGGGUAAUAUUGUCCUUUUGAAUUCAAAAUAUUAUAAAAUUGAGCUAUGGUAAUUCAGAUUAAAAAAGGUGUCUGCCUUUUUA